AUGGAGCCCCCCGUCGUCUCUUUCUACGGGGCCGAACCUAUCCCGUUGCCCUCUCGUUUUGCCGGCGUCAAAAAGCGGCUCAUCGCCGGUCACGAGGCCGCCGUCGAGGCAUCCUGGCGCCGCCUGCUCGACGCUCUCAGGACCGAGAUCGCCGAUAUACAGAACCGAGGGUCGGAGCUCAUCCCGUCCAUCAACUUCAACGACAUCAAUGACCCUGUUCGCGUUGAGGCAUUUGCGCACAGACUGAGACGAUACGGCGUCGCUGUCAUCCGCGGCGUUGUCUCGCCUAACGAUGCCCAGAACUGGGUCCAGGAAACACGCGAAUAUCUCGACAAGAACCGCGAGUUCAAGCCGCCCGCGCUGCAUGACCCGACUUGCAUUGAUCUCUUCUGGACACCGGUUCAAGUGCGUGCACGCGCCCAUCCCAACAUGCUGCGCGCGCAAAAGUUUGCCAUGUCGUUUUGGGAGUCAACGGAUGACUUGCACAUCACCCGCGCCCCGGUGAGUUACGCGGAUCGUCUACGCAUCCACAAUGACAAGCUUGGAGCCGUUGGUCAGCAGAACGGCAAUUCGGCCGCCGACUCAAUAAGCGCCAGCGCCUCUUCGACAGUCAUUGCACAGAUUGAUAGCGGCAGUCUGGAACGAUGGGAGCCGGACGGCUACGGCCGUGGUGGCACCUACGAGGCAGUCUUCCGCGGCGACUGGGAGUCGUACGACCCGUGGGACCCGGCCGGCCGAGUCGGUGCUACAACCGAUUUGUACAACGGCGCGGGUGCCUGCAGUGUGUUUCGCAUGUUCCAGGGCAUCCUAGCCCUCACCAAGGUCGAGCAAGGCAUGGUACGCGUGUUGCCGUCGCCCAAGCUGGUGGCGGCGUACUUCCUUCUCCGGCCUUUCUUCUCGCCAAAGCGUGGGCCGCCGGAGCAACCGGAUGGUGGUAAGGCGGACCAGUGGGCUGCGUAUCUAGAUGCCUCGAACUGGGCACUUGACCCGGAACCCAACACUAUCAUCCAUGGCGCCGUCCCGGGCCAUGCCCAGCGUCUCACUGAACGCUGGCACCCGCAUCUGCACUUGCGCAGGAGUUUGGUCUCUCUGCCUAGCUUGCAGGCCGGCGACUAUGUCAUUUGGCACUGUGAUCAAGCUUACUCGAUAAUCACGGGUGGCACCAGACUUGGCGUCCCUCGGUCAUUGCAGAACGAGUCGAACGAGCUCUCUCUUUUGACUUACACUCCUGUCUGCCCCUUGACGCAGACGAAUGCGCUUUUCCUCGCCCGUCAAAGAAAGGCUUUCCAGACCGGCCAGCCGGGACCGGACUUUGACACUCUCGGUGGACUGGGCAGCGAAGCUUCACACCAAGACCGUCCCGGUGCCCAAGAGGUCGAGGAGUACGGUGGAGUCGAUGGUCUGCGCGCUAUGGGGCUGGCCCCUUAUGAUGUCGAGCCGGCCGGUAUAUCGCCGAAGCACAUAGACGCCAUGGACGUCGACGACGAGGAGGGUAUUAGAAACAAGACAAAGACCGAGGCGGAAACCGAACUCUUGCGGUUGGCUAACAUUAUUCUCUUCCCAAGCCGCUACGACUUCUACAUUCCGUCCAGCGGCACGCGGAGCAGCGGCGACCGCACGCCUCGUGCCGCGGCAGGGACACCCAAGACGCUGGUGAACGGAAAUAAGAGCUGA